UUUUUUGGCUGAAGUCUGCAGGGAGAAACACAGCACAGGGACCUAAUCAUGAAAUCUCUCCUUUUUCUUGCACUUACUUUUAAUCUGACAUCAGCAGCUACACACUCUCUGCAGUACCUCUACACUGCAGUAACUCCAGGAAUAAACUUCCCAGAGUUCUCUGUGGUGGGUCUGGUGGAUGGAGAGCAGAUUGAUUAUUAUGACAGUAACAUCAGGAAGAUGAUCCCCAAAACAGAGUGGAUGGAGAACAAUGAGGAUGAUGAUUACUGGAACAGUGAGACCCAGAGUAGUGAGCGUCAUCAGGAGAACUUCAGAACCAGUGUGGGUAAUGUAAUGCAGCGAUUCAACCAGACUGAUGGUGUUCACACAGUGCAGUGGAUGUACGGCUGUGAGCUGCAUGAUGAUGGAACCAAGAGAGGAUACAUGCAGUUCGGUUAUGAUGGAGAAGAUUUCAUCAUUCUGGAUCUGAACACUGAAACCUGGACUGCAGCCAAUGCUAAAGCUCUUAUUACCAAAUACAAGUGGGAUCCUGAUGCUGGCUUUACUGCAGGCAGGAAGACCUACCUGAAGAUGACCUGUAUUGACUGGUUACAGAAGUAUGUGGGUUAUGGCAGAUCCACUCUAGAGAGGAAAGUCUCUCCUGAGGUGUCUCUGUUCCAGUGGGACUCUUCUUCUCCAGUGGUGUGUCAUGCUACAGGUUUCUUCCCCAAAGCACUGAGGAUCUCCUGGCAGAAGAAUGGAGAGGAUCUGCAUGAGGACGUGGAGCUCUUUGAGACGCUACCCAACCAGGAUGGAACCUUCCAGAAGAGGAGCAUUCUGACUGUCUCACCUGAGGAGCUGGACAGGGACAAGUACUCUUGCAUCAUUCAGCACAGUGGCCUGGAGAAGAAGAUGGUGCUACAGGUGUCUGAUCGCAGGGACCUGUCAGGUAGGAGAAUCUGAUUCCGAGGUGGCAGUAAACCCCUCUGUACUCUCAGACUCGUUUGGUUGGUGAAGCAGCU